UCAAGGCUUUGUCAUUAGUAGUGAUUAGUGAAUUUAUGUUCGUACUGAACUUGUAGUAUUCUGCUUUGACGCUUCUCGAGUGUCUUCUUUUUUGUGUGUUAGUUAGAGUUCAUUGACAUUGAUAUGGUAGCCUUUGAUGUUUUGUUUUUUGUUAAUUGGGAGGUAUCUUUUUCCUUCGACUGAUACGCUAUUGGUUUUAUUACUACCUUUCUGUUGUGCGUAUCUUUAUGUACUUGAUGUAUCAGACUGCUAACUUCUCAUAUGUACAUCUAAAUUUAUUGAUUUAAUGAAUCUACCUUUCAUUAAUUUUCAUCAAUAUGAAGCAUGUGUUUCAUGUUGAUUAUCGAGUGUGGUACAUAAAUUGACUAGAAAACAAAGACGAAGUUUGGCAUUAGAUUAGAUUGCUAUACCAAAUUAAGAAAAGAAAGGAAACGUCACAACCAGGGUGAACGUUUAAAUGUACAGAAGAGGCUCUAGUUUUCCUCUCAAAGCUUUAGCUGCUGAGUAUUUUUGGCUUGGAUUAUCUCUAUGCCUGGCAACGAAGUUGGAGACAGGAUCCAUAAUUUCCUUGGUCAAGAGGGUUUGUCCCAAGGCCAGCAUCAUUCGCCAUUCCUUGACUCUGCCUGGCCUGGAUUAAGUAACAAUCUAUGGGUUGGAGGCCAGAGACAAGUCGGUGAACCUCUUGUUUCCAGUUUGAAGAAUUUUAGUGCACAUCAAUUAGCUGAGUCUGACAGAGGACAUAGUGGUCAAUCUUCUAGUCAGCAGCAGGACAUGAACUUCACUCACUCAGGUUUGAGGUCUGAGAUAGCUAGAAGUCAAUUACAAAACCAAUCACCAAAUGGAAAUGGCUAUUUUCUAGGGCAUCAGGCUCUUCAGGCAAGGCAGAAUGAAACGAACUUUUUGGGAGUGGAUGCAACAUCUAGAUGCUUAUCACCUCUUGAUUCACAGAUAGGAAAUGGUCCUGAUCUUCAUAAGAAAAAUUCCCUGAGGUUGGAAUCUACUGAAUCUCCCGUAAAUUACAAUUUUUUUGGACGGCAACACCAAAUUAGUGCACAGCAUUCCGGCAUGAUCCAGCCUUUGCCCAGGCAGCAGUCAGGAAUGAAUGACAUGCAGCUAUUACAGCAACAACAACAUGCUAUGCUUAUGCAAAUGCAUGAAUUACAGAGGCAACAACUCCUGAAGCCACAGUUUCAGCUACCAGAUGCAAGGCAGUUGAGCUCCGCAAGUCAGGUUUCCUCUACUGUAAAACAGGCAUUGGGUAGCCUUUCUCCAGCUCCAAUCAAUGGCUUUCCUCUCCAUGAUGCUUCAAAUUAUUCCUGGCAGCCUGAGCACAUGACACCAAAUGCAAAUUGGCUGCAGCAUGGUGCAUCUUCUGCCAUGCAUGUAUCCUCUGGAGGAUUUACGUUUUCCCCUGAGGAAGGGCAGAUGUCUUUGAUGGGUUUGGUUCCUCAACAGGUUGAUCAAUCAUUUUAUGGUAUCUCAACUGAUGGCGCAAGAGGAAACCCAUAUCAUCAUUCUUCUGUUCAAAUGAAUAAACCUUCAAUGCAGCAGGUACCAGCCAGCAGUAACUUUUUUCCAGGUAAUCAGUAUGCUGUAUUUACAGAUCAAGGUAGCUUGCAAGAUGGAACUUCGGUUUCUAGACAGGUUGAUCAGGGUAAAAAUGUGUUUGGGGCUGCAGCAGGACAAGGCUUAAAUACUGGAUUUCAUUCAGAAAACUUACAGGAAAAGACUAUCCAGCCCAAAAACAUUGUGAUGCAGGAGUCUUGUGGAAGGCAAGAACUUCCUGGUCCAUCAGAAAUAUCCCUGGACAAGUCAGCAAUUCAGGCUGCCCCCACACAGAGUGUGGCCACGCUAGAUGAAACUGAAGAAAAGAUUUUGUUUGGUUCAGAUGAUAGUGUGUGGGAUAUCUUUGGAAGGAGCACCAACAUGGGAUCAUUGUUGGAUGGUGUGGACUCUUUUGGGGCUUUGCCUUCUUUGCAAAGUGGCAGUUGGAGUGCACUUAUGCAGUCUGCUGUGGCAGAAACAUCUAGUAAUGAUUUAGGGGUACAGGACCAGUGGGGUGGUUUAGGUGUGCAGGAUAGUGAACCUCCAAGCCUGAAUGUGCCAUCACAAAGUGUCAAUGAUGACAGCAAACAUCAAUUAGCUUGGGCUAAUAACAAAUUGCAGACUGGCUCGACAUCGAACUCUAAACCUUUUCCAAUGUCUAGUUAUGCCAAUAUCAAUCUUGAUUUUUUCAGCAUCCCUGGGGUUCAGCAAUCAGGAGUCCAGAUUGCAAAUGAACAGAAUGAGAAAAUGCAUAUCGAUUCAUCUCAGAAAUCUGUUCAACAGUUGACAGGAGAAAGAAGCAAAUGGAUAGAUUGCAGUCCUCUACAGAAGCCUGUAGCUGAAAGUGUGCAAUUCUUUGGAAAUGCUGCCCAUUCUCCUAAUUUGCAAGUGGGUGCAAAGAGCUUUUCAGGUUACCAACAAGGCAUAGCUGUACAUACUAUGCGUGAACAGCCACACAAUAAGCCAAAUGGUUGGAACUUCAUUGAUUCUUCACAACAUAGUGGUAAUGCUAUAUCAAAAAGUCGGGAUAUUGAUUGUGCAUUACAACCUUCUCAUAAUAGUGAUCAUAGAGGUGCCCUGCAUGAGGAGGAAGGUCAUGGUUCUGCUCUUGAUCAUUCUGUUCCUAAUGCAAAUAUCGAGCAGGGAAAUUUCAGUUCCGGCUUGAGAAGCCCACAGAUGAAUAGGGAAGGUUCUGACUUGGAUAAUGUUGCUGCAGUAACAGAUUCAAGAUCAAUAAGGGUCACUGAUAGCAGCCAGCAACUUCCAAACAAUCAUAAUCUUAAUUUCAGGAGAAGUACUGAUUCUAAAUUAAACUCUGUACAAAGCAAGGUUCAAGCUAAGGAUAAGAACUAUCAAGCUUUUGAUUCAUCUGGAAAUGAUUGCUUGGACAAGGGAGAAAAUGAAGCAAAUAUGUUGGAGGAUCAGAGUAUCAAAAAAACUUGCAAUGACAGUUUUCAUCCAAACACAUUCCACCGUUCUUCUACCAGUGGCAUGAGAGACAAUGUCUGGAUGGAUGUAAAUGAUUCAUGUGGAGGAAAACAGAAGUCAUCUGUUCGUAUUAGUCAUAAGCCUUCUGGAAUCCGUAAAUUUCAGUAUCAUCCUAUGGGGGAUCUGGAUAUUGAGGCGGAACCUUCAUAUGGAACUAAAGGUGUUGCACAUUCACAGUCAAUAUCACAACAUGUUUCACAACGAUUGGAAGGGCAUGACCAAGGAUACUUUGGGCAGUCAAAAUUUACUGGUCAUGCUUCUAGAGAUUCUUUAGAAACUGAGAAGGGGUGUUUUCCCAGCAUUCAAGUAGACGAGGUACCUUCAAAAAGCUCAAAUCAAGGUUCUGCUUCUGACAGAUCCUUUGUUGGUUCUGUGCCAAACAAGACAGCUCCAAUGAGUCAAAACAUGCUGGAGCUUCUUCCCAAGUUUGAUCAGCUAGGAGAACAUGAUAGUGCAACACAUUUAAGCUCGUCCAAACGCAAUCUAUCAUCUGAAUUGCCUGAUACAGAAACUUCUGAUGGAUCUGUAGGCCAGAUUCAGCAUAACAGGCCUUCUACUUCCCAAGGUUUUGGCUUACAAUUAGGUCUUCCAUCUCAAAGGUUUAUCAUUCCUGAUCGUGCAAUCUCAUCACAGAGUUCUCCCCAAGUAGUUAAUUCUCUAAAUUCAGUUCAUGUCUCUUCUGUGGUAGGAAGGAAGGGUCAUGCAUGGUUGGAUCCAAAAACUUCGGUACAGUCCCCAACUCAUGGAGCAUCCUCUGAAGACAUUAGGAAUAAUGUUUCAAGUAUUUCUGGUCAAAUCAGUAAUAAGUUGUCACCACAUAGUAUUCAGGGCAACUUUUCUACUGGUUUUACCUCUGAUUACCAUUUAAAAAGUCAUCUUGAAGGCCAGCAUGUUACUAAUGUGGGUAGUCAGGUAACACUAAGUGCAUCUAUGGAUGCACCUUUUGGUGGGUUGGCAUCUCUUGCCAAGCAGACUGAUGAAUCUUCCGAGAGAGCUCAAACUAGUCAAUUGAGAAGGAAACCAGCACCUCGCAUACCUAAAUCUACUGCAGAUAACAAUCUUGCUUCUUCAGAGACUUCUCGGCCAAGUAGUAGUGACCAAAUCCAUGCAAGGGAUCCAGGCCAGCAGUUUCCAGUUUUGAAGGCUCUGCCAGCUUCCCAACCAUCUGCUACAUCUGAAUCUCCAAAGCCAGGUGCUUUUACCAAAAUGCCUGAUGUGUGGACCAGUGUUUCAGCCCCACAGCAUUUACUAGGAGGACAGUCAUCUUGGGACUCCCAAAAUUUGUUUAAGUACCAUCAUCAAUCGAAUAUUAACUCUGAAACAACUCUUCCUGGAACAAAGAAGCUGGACAAUCAAAUUGCUGAGGCAGGAGGUUUUGGUCAGUCUGUGUCACCUGCAGGCUCUGCUAAACCACAGAGCUUUGUUGGAGAGGAGCAACCAGCAAAAAAAGAUCAGCAGUUAUUGGCAGAGAAUGGUGCCAGCCCAAAUCCUGCAGCUAUGCUCCGAGACAUUGAUGCUCUUGGCAACUCUUUGAGACCAAAUAAUACGGUACAUCAGAACCAUUCAUUGUUGCAUCAGGUGCCGUCCAUGAAAGAUAUAGAGAUUGAACCAAGUAAUAGGAGCGCCAAAAGAUUUAAAUGCCCAAGUCUAGACUCUGCUUUGGAUACUCAGCAGGUAAGUUCUGAAGGCUCAGAGCAGGUAAGUUCUGAAGGCUCAGAGCAGUUAUCUUAUGGAUCCGAUACUAGGAUGAAAGAUGCUCUUGUCAAUAGUGUGUCAGCUCCUUCUAAUGAUAUUGUGGCAUUCACUCAGAAUGAUUCCCGUCAUUUCUCUGGUGCUAAUAAUUCAGCUGCUAAUCUCAAGGGUGGACACUCUCAAAUAAGUCCCCAGAUGGCUCCAUCCUGGUUUGAUCGGUAUGGCACGUUUAAAAAUGAGCAAAUGUCCUCUCUAUAUGAUGUUCGAGAAAUUGCCAUGGUGAAGGCUGCAGAAAAAGCAUUUAUUGUUGGUAGACCUUUUGACAGUUCGCAUGCUCUUCAUUCAAGUGAGCAGGUUAUUGCCGCUGCUGAUCCUAGUCAGCUCGAUAGUGCCUGUAAAAACUCAGAGCCAAUAUUGACUGAGCAUACCUCCUCUCACUCGUUGCCUCCUGAUAUCACAAAUCAGGAUUUGGUUGUUAUCAAAGCAAGAAAGCGUAAAAGUAUGGCAUUUGAGCUUCUACCAUGGUAUAGAGAAGUGACACAAGUUUCUCAAAGAUCUCAGAACAUCAGUGUGGGAGAGGUGGAAUGGGCACAUGCAGUAAAUCGAUUGAUUGAGAAGGUUGAAGAUGAACCUGAAAUGAUUGAAGAUUGGCCACCAGUGGUUAGAUCAAAAAGAAGGCUCAUCUUGACAAGGCAGCUUAUGCAGCAACUACUUCAUGCUCCUCCAAGAUCAUAUCUUACUGCAGGUGCUAGCAAAAACUAUGAGAUUGUGGCCUAUUUUGUUGCCAGAUCAGUCUUAGGAGAUGCAUGCAGCACAGCAUGUAUAUUGGAAACUGGUACUGCUAUUCGUCCCGACAGUGAAAGCACCCUCUCGGAAAAGCAUAAGGAGAGAAACCAGUCCACCUUAAAGGCAGCAGAAGAUUUUAUCAUCAGAGCAAAGAAACUUGAAAAUGGUUUACAGAGUCUGGACAAGAGAGCCUCAAUCUUGGACCUAAGAUUGGAAUGUCAGGAUCUAGAGAAGAUUUCUGUCAUCAAUCGUUUCGCCAAGUUCCAUGGCCGGGGGCAAGCUGACGGGACUGAAACCUCAUCGUCCUCCGAUAAUUCUCACAAAUUCUUCUCCCAGAGAUACGUAAUUGCUCUACCUAUGCCCCGGAAUCUCCCUGACAGAGUACAAUGCCUUUCCCUGUGAUAAUUACUUGAAAAAGAUUUUUCCAUCUUUUUUUGGCCAAUUAUCUUCUCGUCCCUCACGCAUCUCUAAGUUUAAAAGCAAUGGAGGCUCUUAGAUCUUACCAUUGGAGGCCAUUCAAGUUGAUUUGCGGAGAUAUAUAAGUUUUAUCAUUGAAUAUUGGUCUGAAAAUGAAUGUUGAGAGAAAUUGAGGGAUAAGGCCCCAUGAUUUUUGGGUAAAUAGGGAAGAAGAAAAAGGUGAGUCUGAAAUAUUUUUGAGGGGUAAGCCGAAUAUUGUUUGUGUAUUUAUUAAGCCUUUUGGAUGCGUUUCAUUCAUAAGUAAAAGGGUUUCUGCAUUUCU